GCUGUGCAGCUGAGGGAGAGGAGCAGACGGACCCCCGGAACCGAGUGGACCCCGGGCCUCCAGAGACACGUGGUCACGGCCCCUCCCUGCGUUUCCCGGGCGCUCCCUUGCUCUGCGCUGGACCGGAACACGAGCAGCAGAGCCGGCCGCCCGUCAUGCAGCCCACCUGCUGGUUCUGGGCCCUCGUGGCUGUCUGCGCUGCUGACCAGUUCAGGGACCAGGCGCAGAGGAUCAUGCAGAACACGCCUGUCAUCGACGGACACAACGACCUGCCGUGGCAGCUACUGAAGCAGUUUAAAAACCAGCUGCGCGCCCCCGGGGCCGACCUGCACAGCCUGGAGACCACGCACACCAACAUCCCCAAGCUCAAGGCCGGCUUCGUGGGGGGCCAGUUCUGGUCCGCGUACGUGCCCUGCGACACCCAGAACAAGGACGCCGUGAAGAGGACGCUGGAGCAGAUCGACGUCAUUCAGCGCAUGUGCGGCAUGUACCCGGACACCUUCGCCUGCGUCACCGACAGCGCAGGGAUCCGGGAGGCUUUCCGGAAGGGCAAGGUGGCCAGCCUGGUGGGCGUGGAGGGCGGCCACUCCCUGGACAGCAGCCUGGGGGUGCUGCGCGCACUCUACAGCCUGGGCAUGCGCUACCUGACGCUGACGCACAGCUGCAACACGCCCUGGGCCGACAACUGGCUGGUGGACACGGGGGACGAUGCGGCCCAGAGCGGAGGGCUGUCCCACUUUGGGAAGAGCGUACUGAGGGAGAUGAAUCGACUGGGUGUCAUCGUGGACCUGGCCCAUGUGUCCCUGGCCACCAUGCAGGCCGCCUUGGAGCUGUCCACAGCCCCGGUCAUCUUCAGCCACUCCUCGGCCUUCUCUCUGUGUGCCCACCACCGCAACGUGCCGGACAACGUGCUGCGGCUGGUGAAGGAGAAGCGCGGCCUGGUCAUGGUGAACUUCUACAACGAUUACGUGUCCUGCCAAAGGGAGGCCAACCUGUCCCAGGUGGCAGACCACCUGGACCACAUCAAGAACGUGGCUGGAGCCGGGGCUGUGGGCUUCGGUGGGGACUUUGAUGGGGUUACCAGGCUGCCUGUGGGCCUUGAGGACGUGUCCAAGUACCCAGACCUGAUCGCCGAGCUGCUCCGGAGACAGUGGACGGAAGCAGAGGUCCAGGGUGCCCUGUCAGAGAACCUUAUCAGGGUCUUCAGUGACGUAGAGAAGGCAAGCAACCACUCGCAGCCCCCCGAGGAGGAGACCAUCGCCCUGGAACAGCUGGAGCCUGGCUGCAGGACCAACUACGGCUACUCAGCUGCGCCACAUAUCCCCCGCCCGACAGGGGUCCUCCUGGCCUCUCUCCUGGCCCUCCUGCUCAGCCUGUGUCUGCUGUGAUGUGCAGGGCUUCCCUCACCCCUCACCAGGGGCUCACCGUGGACCCGCA